GCUUUUUCCGUAGCAGUUUUUUCCACUUGCGGAUUUUUCGUUGUGCUCGUGUUUUUUUAUCGAUUCAGCUGCAUUUGCGGCUGUUGCGGAACGCCGGCGAACCGAGAUGCUAUUGGUCUAGCCCGCGGCCACUUGCGAAGCGUGUCUUUUCCAGUGACCGAUGGUUUUUGUGACGUUCGUGGUGCGGUCACAUUGGAAUCGAGUUUUGGGAUUUGGCGUUUAGCGAAGAUUUUUUGUGCUAAUUUUGUGCAGAAAUCGAAGCAGCAGCCGUGUUAAUUGAGAACGAGUGGGAGCCCGAGCUGUUACACCUGGCGGAAAUAAAGGGUUUAGUUGGAAAAUAGAAGCAACCAGCAGCAGCGUAAUGAACAAGUCUGACGUCAACCGCCGCGUUCUGGCCAUUCAGGCGAAGAAGAAACGCCAUAAGAACAACAAGAAGCGGGGCAAGCAGAAUGGCACUUCCCUUCAGGAUCAGAGUAACCUCAAUCCCGGCCAGAACCCGAACCCGAAUGCCCAUCCCCAGAACUCGCAGGCACCGGAUAAUGCUAAUAAUAGCCACGCGGAUGUGACCGCCUCGAGCGCUGUUAAGAAGGUGACUGCAACAGCCACUGCCUCCACGUCCAGCGGAGGAUCUGGGGGCACUCCCGACCAGUACCAGCCACCCCAACCUCAGACGAAGCCCAAGGGCAACCCACAGAAGGAACAACUGCAGCAGCCACCCAGGAGCAGCUCUAACGAGUCGUUCGAGUCCGAGCUAAACAGCGAGAACGAGGAGCAGGAGCUGAAGGAGGACUACUGCAAGGGUGGCUACCACCCCGUCAACAUCGGUGACCUCUUUCAGGGUCGCUACCACGUCAUCCGAAAAUUGGGCUGGGGCCAUUUCUCGACCGUCUGGCUGUGCUGGGAUCUGCAGGAGAAGAGCUAUGUGGCCAUCAAGAUUGUCAAGUCGGCACCGCACUUCGCCGAGACGGCCAAGGACGAGAUCAAGAUACUCAGGACGGUGCGCGAGACUGAUCCAUCGAAUCCACGCCGCCAGAAGACUGUCCAGAUGCUGGACGACUUCAAGAUAACCGGUGUGAACGGCACCCAUAUCUGCAUGGUGUUCGAGGUGCUCGGCGACAAUCUGCUGAAGCUCAUACGCAAGUCCAACUACCGCGGCAUCCCGCUGGGCAACGUGAAGACCAUCACCCGCCAGGUGCUGGAGGGUCUCGACUAUCUGCACACCUGCUGCAAGAUCAUCCACACGGACAUCAAGCCCGAAAAUGUGCUGCUGUGUGUGGACGAGCCGCAUGUCCGCUCGCUGGCCACGGAAGCCACGCAGUUGUAUUGCAUGAACUCCAAGAUGUAUCCCUCGCUGGUGAGCAGGGCACCCAAGGAGUACCGCGAGCCGCCCAUAACCGGUAAGAUGAGCAAGAACCGGAAGAAGAAGCUUAAGAAGAAGGCUAAGAAGCGCAUGGAGCUGUUCAAGAAGCAGCGUGACUACCUGGAGCAGACCGGCGGUCAGGCUGCCGAGGGCCAGGAUGCAGGCGAGGAUCAGACGGACUUUGGCGUCAAUCACAAUGAGGUGCAGAACGGCGAUGCGGGCAUCUCCGAUGGGGACGAGUACUUGGAUGCGAAACAGGAGCCAGAGGAACAUGAUGGCGAUGAAGACGAGGACGUGGCUGCUGGGCAGCCGGUGCGCAAGGAGCAAAAGGAGCGCAAGGAGCAGCCACAGCAGCAGGAACCACCCCCGCUUACUGAGGGCGCUGACAAAGCCAAAAAGAAGAAGAAAAGGAAGAAUAAGAACAAAUCCAACCAGCCGCAAGCUCAGCAGCCUCCUCAGCUGGAGAACUCGACGAGCAGCGGCGACAGCAGCAGCGCCCUCAAGAGUCAUCAGACCAACGGCAGUAGUAGCAUUAGCAACACCAACAGCAACAGCAACUCGAGUGGCACUCUUAAAGGACAAUCAAACGGAAAGAAGAUGCCGCUGCGGCCCAAGCAGGAGAAAAAAGUGGAAAAGCCGCAGCAGCAGUCAUCGAAUCAACAGCUGAACAACAACAACUCCAGCUCGAAGCCCAACUCCAACAGCAAUUCGAAAAUCUCAAGCGGCUCCGUGGAGAACUCAUCGUCGGCCACCAACGGUCCUUACUCGGAGCCCCUGUUGCCACCACCUCCUCCGCCGCCGCAAGCGAAGCACAGGCCCCGGCGGGAUCCCGCGCUGGAGGAAUGCAGCGUCUACGUGAAGAUCGCGGAUCUUGGCAACGCCUGCUGGGUGGAUCGUCACUUCACCGAGGACAUCCAGACGCGUCAGUACCGCUCGUUGGAAGUGAUCCUCGGCUCCGGCUACGACACCUCGGCGGACAUCUGGAGCACGGCUUGCAUGGUGUUUGAGCUGGCCACCGGCGACUAUCUGUUCGAGCCGCACUCCGGCGACACCUACUCCCGCGACGAGGACCACUUGGCGCACAUCAUCGAGCUGCUGGGUCCCAUUCCGCGCCACAUUGUGUUCCGCGGCACCUACGCCCAGCAGUCGUUCAAUCGAGGCGGGGAGCUUCGCAACAUCACCGGCCUGAAGCCCUGGGGCCUGAUGGACGUUCUGCUGGAGAAAUACGAGUGGUCGCACAGCGAGGCAGAGUCGUUUGCCUCGUUCCUCAAGCCCAUGCUGGAGUUCGAUCCGGCCAAGCGGGCCACCGCCGCGGAGUGUCUGCAACACCCGUGGCUUAGAUAAGAUACGAUGCAGCCUGGUUGUUGGCUGCGUGCCACCCAGCCAGCAACAGCAGAUGGAGCGAUAGCGGAAGCAGGAGCAAAAGCACUGAGCGGCAAAACAGGAUCGCCGGCGGCAACGGCAGACGGAGGCUUCGUGGAGUCCUCGGCAUCGGUGGCUACUUUGGCUUCCAUCUCAUCAAUCGCUUCCACCUCGGCGGCAGCAAUGGCGGCGCUGAAGGCCCGUCCCUAUCUGGUUGCUCCGUUUGUGAGCACAGCCUCGGCACCACCCACUCCACAGCCCCACGUGUCCAUUGCCAUGAGCACGGCACGUACAGCGCCAGCCACACCAACACGACGUCGCACGGCUCCCGAAGAGAACCUGGAUCUGGUGGAGGACCUCGACGCGGCCCUUGCCCAGAUAGAGGAGCCGCAGCCGCACGCGAAGACCAAGUCGCAGCGCUUCUUCUGGCGUAAGGCGCUGCGUCGCGUCUUCCAGCGUCGCAAGUGACGGCGUCGCCGGCAGGACCUGCCCCGCUGGCAUCGUCCCGCCCGCCGCUGCCGGCGACGCAACCUUGCCGAGCGAGUGAGGCGCAUCUGCGCCUGCUGUGCCUACGGCCAGAUCCUGCUGCGCGCCGCUCGCGUGGCCCUGCUCAGCUGCAUCCGCUGGCGAACCCGUGGCAACAUACGCAACAACAACUUUUACUUCAGCAACCACUAAAGCAUCAGCAACGGCAUCAGCAUCGGCGGACAGCCAGCCAAGCAACCAGUCUCCAGUCUCCAGACCAGCAGUCGCUAAUCUCCGGGCUCCAGCCAACUCGAGUUACGUUUAAUGUUAAUGAAAAACCAUUCGAUUUAGUUUUACACACGCCAGCGCUUAAUUUAUUUCCUGUGUUUUACAUCGACAUUUAGACUAUUUUUGUUGCUACAUAUGAAAUUAUAAAAUGUAUUACCGCCUACGCGAACACGUCCCCACGAAUCCUGUACAUAGGGUCGAAGUGCUCGAUCCCCCUAUUCAGUUUUACCGAAGCGAUGCAUCAGAAAGCGAGAGUAAAGCUAGAGCGAGACCGAAUGCCGCAAGCAAACCUAUAUAUAGGCCUAUAUCUGUUACUGUACAUUUAGCCCAGAGGCAAAUCGGCAAAUAUACAUUUGUAGCGAACAUA